AAUGGGCCUCCAAGAGUAUCAAGUCGUCGGUCGCCACCUCCCAACGGAGGCUGAGCCUACCCCCAAAAUUUAUCGUAUGCGCAUCUUCGCUCCCAAUGAGGUUGUCGCCAAGUCGCGCUUCUGGUACUUCCUCAGACAAUUGAAGAAGGUCAAAAAAGCCAAUGGUGAAAUCAUCGGCGUCAACGUUAUCCAUGAAAAGAAGCCUUUGAAGGUCAAGAACUUUGGCAUCUGGCUCCGAUACGAUUCGCGCUCUGGUACCCACAACAUGUACAAGGAGUACCGCGACCUCAGCCGUGCUGAUGCUGUCAAGAGCAUGUACCAGGACAUGGCCGCUAGGCACCGUGCUCGUUUCCGCUCGAUCCACAUCCUCCGUGUCGUCGAGAUUGAGAAGACUGAGGACGUCCGCCGCCCUUACAUCAGGCAAUUGUUGACGCCUGGGUUGAAAUUCCCUCUUCCUCACCGUGUCUCCAAGGUUCGCUCGACCUUCGUUGCUUCCCGUCCUUCCACUUUCUAAGUGGUGGUGCUCUCGUGAGGCAAUGGGUGAGGUGGUGCCCUUCGGCCAUUAUGUGAUACUCAUGAUGUAU